AUGUCGUCCGCAUAUUAUGAGCCACAGGGCUGGCAAGCCCCUGUUCGUCAAGCGUCGUGGGAACAGCCCGUCCCCCCAUCUCGGUCAGGCACCAGCUCAGUCUCUCAGAGGGAUGAACCGUCCGCCUUCUCAUCCCAGUUCGACGAGGUAGAUCGCGCAAUCGAUAAUCUAGUCAAGAGUGGGAAACUCUUCGCCGGAUCGCGGAGGGAAUCCAUGCCGAUGAUGAUGAUGGGGCGCCAUUUUCCGGAAUACGAUCCCCGUAUGGCAGGAGGCAUGCCACCCCAGCGUCACCAUUCGGUGAGCGAUUUCGACCAGUCUCGCAUCCACCCAGGAACAGCCCUUCAGGGAUUCUAUGCUUCGCAGCGCUUCCAGGGUCGUCAGUCCGAAACAGAGCAGAUGCUGCAGGCAAAGCGCCGAAUGGCCGCACAGCGUGAGCGAGAGCUCCGCAACUAUCACCAGGAGCAGCAGUACAAUCGAAGCCUUCUUGCUGAGAUGUCGGGAAACAAAUCCGACCGCUCUCUGAGUCCCGCUGCAAUGAGCGAGGAAAGUCGCCGCGAGCUGAUUGCACGCCAGCAUCGUGCCUUGUAUGGCAAUGAAAGCCCGGCUUUCUUUGCCCCGGGUUCUCUAGGGGAUGAUGCCAACAGUGUUCGCGCCGACAACAACAGCGGCACUCCAACUUCUGUCAGUGGCGGCGUUCGUGGACCCUCCCCUCGAGCAGUUGAUCCGUUUGGUCCACAAUCCGAAGGACUGGCCCAGGGCAGUGGGCCAAACUCGUCUGCAGCAGGCCGACAAUCCCCGCGAGGCAGUACCAAUAGCACCACUUCUCCAAACACCGGUGCCAACCCUUCAUACGGUCUGUACGACGCCGCCAGCGUUGAGCAGCCUGUGACGUCGACUUCCUCUCCUGGAGCGGACUCGCCCUCAUCUCGUCAGUUGUCAUCCAAGUCAGCAGCCGCUCCUAUCGGCUCUGUAGGACCCAUUGGCUCUCGACCUUCUCAGCCAGCUACUAGCCAGGCACCCAAUCCAGCGUUCACUAAGCGGUCCACUACGCCGUUACCUUCGCCAUUAGGCUUCGGAUUUGCCCCUAAUGAAAGUGCCAAUACUGUCAAUGAGCGAUCGACAUCUUCGGCAUCCAACCCUACCAACUCCGGACACGCCGGUGGGAAAGAGAACGCAUUCACUUCCGGAUGGGGCAGUAACAGUGGUGUCUGGGGUUCCAAGAACCUUGGAGUACAGGCCUCUGUCUGGGGUUGA